AUGGAAGUCGUGUUAUGCACCGAGCCCUCUGCACCUGCUGCUCUCACCAACACUGACUUCACUUUGUAUCAAAGAGCAUCGUGUGACCGUCUGGGCUUCAAUCUGGAACAAAGAUCUCAGUGGGCUCAGGUGUGGGUCUGCCACUGUGUGAAGAUUGAUAUUCUGUCACAUAAAGCACCGAGACUCCAGUCGGCGAAAGCUUUAACAAAAGCUGCGGGCCUUUCUUCAGUGAGGCAGAGCGGCAGAUAA